CGCUGCAGAGUAAGAAAACACCAGCACUUCAUAGCAACAUGGGUACGAGUUGGUUUAUGGCUCUCAAGCAAGAAUUUUCAAAACCUUACUUUGAUGAGCUAAGCAAGUUUUUGGAUAACAAAAGAAAUCAAGCCACAGUGUACCCCCCAGCUGAUCAGGUAUUUUCAUGGACCCACCAUACAGAUCUUGAGGACAUCAAAGUCGUAAUUCUUGGUCAAGAUCCAUAUCAUGGAGUUAAACAAGCACAUGGCUUAUGCUUCAGUGUUCAGAAGGGCAUUGCUCCUCCACCAAGUUUGCUAAACAUGUAUAAAGAAUUAGAGGAUGACAUCCCAGGAUUUACCCGUCCAUCGCAUGGUCAUCUGAUUGGCUGGGCAAAGCAGGGUGUUUUACUUCUCAACGCUUGCCUGACUGUCACUGCCCAUCAGGCUAAUUCCCACAAAGAUCGGGGAUGGGAGAAAUUCACUGAUGCUGUCAUGGAAAUUUCGAAGCGCAACUAUGGUGUAGUGUUUUUGCUGUGGGGAUCUUAUGCUCAGAAGAAAGAAACAGCUGUUGUUGACAAGAAGAAGCACCAUCUACUGUUCACUCAUCCCUCGCCAUUGUCAGCACGUGGAUUCUUAGGAUGCAAGCAUUUUUCUAAGUGUAAUGAACUGCUUAAGAAAGGAGGCAAGAAACCAAUAGAUUGGGGAUAUUCCCCUUGA